AUGGAUCGGAAGCGCGCGGCGGCAGCGCUGCUCGCGCUGGCCGCGUGCAUCGCGUGCUCUUCAGCAGCACCGACCGCUAGCAACCAGACUGCCUUAGAGUUAAUGGAUGGUCCCUCAGAUGGAUGCUACUACAAUUUUCAGCAUUACGGAGAAGGUGAUCGAAUUAUGACGAACGAACCCUGUCUUAACUGCACGUGUCAUAAACGGAUGCUCAUGUGUUACUUGAGAGUUUGCCCGUUCACGAAGGCGAUUGGUCAGGAUUGUACAGUGGAGAAGCGAGCCGACCAGUGCUGUCCUAUCGUUACUUGCCCUGACGUUCCAGUUGACCUGCUCACGUCCACAUCGACAUCAUCACCUGCUGAAUAUGGAACAACUGGAGUUGGCAAACUUGACAAAUACGGUUGCAGUAUAAAUGGAAAAUAUUUUUCUGAAGGUUCUAAAGUUCCGUCUACUCCAAACAAACCGUGUGAACACUGUUACUGUAUUCGUAAUAUGACAACAUGUGUAAUGCAAGAAUGUACGUUACAUGUGGAUGGCUGUACUCCUAUAUAUCAUAAGGAUGUGUGUUGUCCAGUACGGUAUUCUUGUGAUCACGAAGAAGACGAAACCCUUCUAUUGGACGAUAUGACCACGACUGUACGCCCGACACCAGGAUUCUUACUUACAACUACAACUGUAAUGCCUGUAACGCAGUUAACCCAAGAUUGUAUUCAUGAUAACCAAGUGUUCCCAGACGGAACUUUAAUAAAAACAGAAAAAGCUUGUGAACACUGUUACUGUAUGAAAGGAGACAUUGUUUGUGUAGUACAGGAGUGUGGAAUGCCUAUGGAAAAUGAAGGCAAAAAUUGUACAUCUCUACCUCCACGUCAUGGUCAGUGUUGUCCAGAUACCUACAUAUGUGAAGCUGAUGAUCACGUUACUGAAUUAACGACGGAAAUUAAACAGGAACAGUCUACUCAACCUCCAAGAAGAGUUGGAGUCGAAGGAAGUGGAUAUAGGAAUGAACCAGAUGAACCAUUUACAGAAAAAGGUACAUUUGAAACUGAUAUUGAAGGUAGUGGAGAAGAUUAUGUAACAGAUGCUCCAGUUAUGAUUAUAGAGGACGUUAUGACAGAGAAAAUUCAACCAGAUAUUAUCGAUGAAACAUUAUUAUCAACGACUGAGAAGGAUCAGAUAAGUCAUAUAACUGAACCCGACAAAGAUCAAAAUACAAUCCCUGAUAUCAUACCAGACACAAUACCAGAAACAAUUUCCCAAUCCACAGAAACAAAUUUGGAACUUACAUCUAUCGGUACUGGUACUGAUCAAAAUAAAGCUGAAAAUGAACUAAUUUCGAAAGAAGAUGAGUACAUCACAACUGAAUCACUGUUUAAAAAGGAUGAUAACGGUAUUGUAUCAGAUGAAAUGUUAACCAUUAAAGAAACCGAAAAAUUACCCACUACUAUGGUUGAUUUAGUUGAAGAAACUACAUUCAAAGAUGAACUUUUAGAUAACGUUAGCAUAGAAGAUAUUUCACAGCCUCAGCAACAAAGUACAACUGUUCCAGAUAAGUCUACACCUGAAGUGGUUGCAGUCAUCCAAGAAAAGGAAGCUACUACUGAUAAUCUUUCACUAUCUAGCUCUACUGAAUCAAGUAAAACUGUAGAUGGAGUCUUAGUAACUACUGAGAAGCAAUUAUUGACUGGACUAACUACAAUGGCUGAGGACAAAACAGAAAUACUUGAAACAACGUCUAUUAACCCAGAUAUUAAUGAAAUUGACGAAGACAUUCCAAUAGUAUCAUCACCAGGCAGAAUUCCCGGAGAAGGAGAUUGCCUACUAAAUGGAAUUACAUAUAAAAAUAAUACAACAGUACCUACAAGCAAUAAUUGCCACACAAGUUGUAAGUGUGUAAGUAGUAUAAUAAAGUGUGAUCCAAUAAUUUGUAGUUCACCUCCAGAAUAUGUAGAAAAUAUGAAUGACUGUCAGCCUAUUUACGAUUCUCCCAAUGCUUGCUGUCCUACAUACGUUUGCAGUGCGAAGGAAACGAUUCCUCCAGAAUCUCAUAACCAAAUGUCUGGAACAGAAAGCCCAAAACCAAUUUCUGAAAGUGACUGCAACGGUCAAGAUUGUAUCUUAAAAGAAGAUAAAAGUGACUGUGGUAUGAACGGUUGUGCUGAUGAAACACAAAAACCUUUGAAUCAAGAUUGUGCCGAUGGCAAAUGUCAAAUAUUGCCGGUAGUUGCUUGUGAAAGUGAAAAUUGCAUAAAUGAACCAGUUUCCAGUCAAGAUUCUCAUAAAAUACCCGACUCAGAAAAGAAACCAUCUGUAAUUUGUGACGAAAAUAACAAUUGUAAAACGCCAGAAAUUACCCAUGAUGGUGAAUGUAAGGACGAAAGCUGUAAAAAGCAAGAUAGUAUGAAAACUGAAGUGAAUAUACCUUCAGAUUGUACAGAGCCAGAGUGCAAAAAGCACGAUAUGCCACUUUCACCACCAAUAGAAGAAACUACAAAACAAAAAAUUAAUGAACCAGCUCCUAGUGAAGACUCUCACAAAAUACCCGACUCAGACAAGGGACCAUCUGUGGUUUGUGACGAGAAUAACGAUUGUAAAACAUUAGAAAGUACGGAAACUGAAGUGAAUCUACCUUCAGAUUGUACAGAACCAGAAUGCAAAACACACGACGUGUCACUUUCAACACCCACAGAAGAAACUACAGAACAAAAUAUUAACGAACCAGCUCCUAGUAAAGACUCUCACAAAAUACCUGACUCUGACAAGGGACCAUCUGUGAUUUGUGAUGAUAAUAACGACUGUAAAACACCAGAAAGUACGGAAGCUGAAGUGAAUCUACCUUCAGAUUGUACAGAGCCAGAAUGCAAAAUACACAAUGUGCCACUUUCAACAUCUACAGAAGAAGCUACAGAACAAAAAAUUAAUGAAAAAGUUCCUAGUGAAGACUCUCAUAAAAUACCUGACUCAGACAAAGGACCAUCUGUGAUUUGUGAUGAGAAUAACGAUUGCAAAACACCAGAAAUUUCCCAGCAUGAUGAAUGUAAAGAUGAAAGCUGCAAAAAACAAGAAAGUGCGGAAUCAGAAAUGAAUAUGUCUUCAGAUUGUACAGAACCAGAAUGCAAAAAACACGAUAUACCACUUUCGCCACCUACAGAAGAAACUACUGAAUACAAUAUUAAUGAACAAGGUCCUAGUGAAGACUCUCAUAAAAUACCUGAAUCAGACAAGGGACCAUCUGCGAUUUGUGAUGAGAAUAACGAUUGUAAAACACCAGAAAUUUCCCAGCAGGAUGAAUGUAAAGACGAAAACUGUAAAAGACAAGAAAGUAUGGAAGCAGAAGUGAAUGUACCUACUGAUUGUUCAGAAUCAAACUGCAAAAUACCUUUACUAACUUCAGAAGAAUCUACAGAUUCGACGACAGAAAAAAAUUCUAACGAUAUUGUUCAAAUAGACGUGACACAAAGCCCAAUGGAUACAAUUACUGAAAUUUCAGAAAAAACUACCAAAACUGGUGAAAUCAUACCAGAAGUAACUAAAGAAGUUAGUAUAGAACCUUCAGAAAAACUAACUACAAUAUCAAAUGAAGUUUCAGAUGUAACGGACGCAGCAGCUAAUGGUGAAUUAACAGAAUCACCAAUGAUUCAGAUCACUUCCCAAAAAUAUGAUAUAACAAAAAUAACAGAUCACACGAAAAUUGAACAUGUAACUGAAUCUUUAGCACCACAAGAGGCUGAUAAAGUAACACUAGCAGACGAAACAGCAACCGAUAAAGAGGUAGCCGGACCGGCGAAAACAGAAGCUCAAGAUCAAGUAGACAAAAUGUAUGUUACGACUGAAAUUCUUGAAGAAACUACAGAUUCAUACGUACAUAGUACAAAACAUGAUGAAAAGUAUGGAACGGUUUCUCAGCUAGGUAAAGAAAAGGAAGAAACUUAUACUGGCAUUCCAGAAUUAAAUCAAAACGAAAAACUAAGUACUACUGAAGCUACUGGUACAAGUGAAAAACUCACGACAAUUAAAGAUGUUACAGAAAUGUAUAAAAUAGAGAAAGAAAAGACUGAGAUACCAAUUACUCUCGACAAUGUAGAUACGCAAACAGAGAAGAUCUCAACAGAUUAUGAAAAGGCUACUGAAACGAAUAAGUUGCCUCAAGUUACAAUUGAACCGCAUGAGCAAUUUGUAGAAACACAUACAGAAAAAGACAAAACUGAAACAUCUCAGUUAGAUGAGACACAUGACAUAAUUACAGAGAAAAAUACUGUAGAUAUGGCGAUCGAAGUAACUCCAGAAUCACCUGUUACAGAAGUUAAUGAAGCUACUACCGAUAAAUUGGGUGUUACUAUUGAACCUAAUAUUGUUCCAACUGAGCUUCCACAAUCGUCACAGACAAAAUUAGAUCAAGUUACUAAAGAUAUAACAGAAAUUGUAACAGAUAAGCACGAGGUAUAUACUGAAUCUUCUGAAUAUAUUACUCCAAAAGUUGAAGAAGCAACGUUAGAACCAUCUAUGCAACCAAGUAGCGUUACUCAAGAAGAUCAUAAAUCAGAAGUAACAGAAGAGUCGAUUACAGAAAAUAUAACUGUCACAGAAAGUUCUAAUAUUCUACAAACUAAGACCGAGUCUACUUCAGGCGAGUUUGGGCAGUUUGUAACGAAAUCAGAAGAAGUUUAUGCAGAAACAUCACAACAACCACAUGAAAAAGUAGAUGAAAUAUCAUCAACUCCUAUAAUAGAAAAGAAAAUUGAAGAGCCUGUAACAGAAAAAUUAACAACUCAAAUAGUUGAAUUUGAAAGUACUGAAAAACAGAACAUUUAUAAUGAAUUUUCUACAGAACACGAACAAGAACUACAUACCUAUGAAGAAAUAAGCAAUAAGGAUCAGACAAUACCUAUAGAUAGCAGCACAGAAUUACCAACCUCGUUUACAGUAUCAACAGAAACAAUGAAGGUUAACAAAGUCCAAGAUGCUCACACAGAUGAGCCUGAUAAGUCUGUAACUGAAAAAGAAUUAGAUUCUUCAGUUGAUGUUAUUCAUGCAACAUUAAAAGCAGAGGAAGUACCACCAACGGAGGUUUAUCAACAGAUUACGGAAAAAUUGGAAGAUAUUAUAACAGAAUCUACUCCACCACAGGAAUUUGUAGACGAGAAUACUAGAAGACAAAAUACUAUCCAACCAACAAGUAGUGAGAGUCCCGACAUUGCUGAGAAAGAUUUAGAAUCUGUUAAGCAAACGACAAUACAAGACAUUAUAGUGAUGCCAGAAGCAACUACAAUUACUCAGGAUCAUGUACAAGUUAUUGAAAGUCAUACGAAGUCUCCAUCACAAAAUGAUGAAAAACCUGAAGAACCAUCGACUGAAGUUGAAAAAGAAUCAACUUUUGAAACUGAUGUUACUAAAAUGAACACGGUUACGGAACUGUUGCCUGAAAAACCUGAUGAAACUUAUGUAACACUGCCUUUCGACGCUAUAAGUAAAGGUGACGGUAUUACAGAAAGCUAUGCAACUGAAUCUCAAACCAUUGAUACAGAAAUGAUGGGAGAGUCUCAAUCACAUUUGGAUUCAUCAACAGAGCUUUCUAAGCAUAAAAAUGAUGAAUCAAGUGUGGCAAGUUUACCCCAUGAAGAGAUGGAUAAAGUAACAACUGUAAUUCCACAUGUAGAAGAAAAUGUAGAUAAACAGCCAGCGGUGCUUACAGAGUCUGAAUUGACUUCAGAUAACAUAGAAAAAACAACAGCCAGCUUUAUUUCUGUUGAUGAAAAAGAAACCAAACCUCAGUUACAUAUUACGGAAAGUUACAAUCAUGUUGAAGAAGAUAAAACCGUAAAACCAACUAGUGGUUUAUUGAUUGACGUGGAUGAUUAUAAGACUACAGAAAAAUCUAUUUCCGACAAAGAAUCCUUACCACAACAAACUAAUGAAUAUUCUCCUAUAGAUGGAAUAACAGAAGAAGUUUCUUUACAGACUUUGCAGGACAUAUCGACAGAAAAAACGAAAGUUAAAGAUACUUUAGAAACUCUUGCACCUAACUACAUUGGUACAACACAAUCUGAAUUGUGGACUAAGUCUGAAGAAUCUGGUGUUACAGACAGUGCAUUAUUUGACAAAGAAAAAGAAACAGUAACUGAGUUCCCACAAUCUUUAGAUAACAGUUCAGAUUCUGUACAAAAAGAUACAAAAGAUGAAAAUAUUAAUAAACUACCUGAAUCAGUUGAUAACAACCAGGCAUCAACAACACCUGUUUAUGUAAUAUCUGACGAAGAAAAAGAAACAACAACACCGGUAUCAGAUGUUACCGAUAUAAAACAAAUAACAGAAAUCGAAUUGCCUGAAAAUAACGAAAUUAGUAUUGAAUCGACCACCCAAGUAUUUGACGAUACAAAUGUAGAAGUAGAGGGUGAACAGACAGUACCAGACUCACACAUUAAUGAAUCACAGACGGAAAAGUCUAAAGAUGAAAUUACUCAAAAACAAGAAUCCAGCACAGAUAAAAUUAAAAUAACGGAGAGUCCAGACUAUUUGUCUACUGCAUAUUUACAAGAACAGCAAACAACAUCAUCUUUAGACAUAAAAAUACCUCAACAAGCAACAGUAACAGAAAAGCAAGCAGAUAAGACUGAAUCAGUGAGCGAAGAGCAGCCCACCCGGCCAGAAUUACAUAGCGCAGAAGAUACGCUUACAUCUACAGUAAUAGAAGGAGUAAUUAAUGUAGAAGACGAAAAGGUGACACUAGCACCAAACUUUGAACAAGUGACUUCACAGUCUCCUGAGUACCACACAACUGGAUUAUUAUUAGAUGAUAAAGAUACAACUGAAUUGAAAUCUACAACAAUAAGUUCCGAAACACAACAUGAAAUUAUAACAGAUGUAGAGAAAUCUCCAGUAUCUUUUGAUAUGUUUACUACUGAAGCUGUUAUUAUUAAAGAAUCUGAAACGGAAAGAAAUGAAAUUGAUAUAGUAAAAUACACACAAUUUGAUCAUAUGUCCACCGGUAAACUUCCUACCGUAACAGAAUCAAAAGAAUAUGAAGAUAAUCAAAAACAAAGUACUGAAGUCCCUGUUUCCAUUGUGACAACUGAACCCAUAAAAAUUGCAACAGAUGAACAAAUAGUGUCAGUUACCGAGUCUCAUGCAAAGGGGACAGAGACUACAGAAUUACAUUAUGCAACUAUCGCAGAAGAGAAAGAAAGCAGUACUGUACCAUCAAAUAUAAGUGACAAAGACUCAGAACAAAGUUCAACAUACGAUGAAAAGGUGACUACGAAAGAACCUGAAGAUAUUCAAGAAUUUACAACAAAGGAAGAUUUCCAAACACAUUUAGGUAAUAAAAAUGUCACAACAUCCGUAACUGAAGACAUAGGAAUAAAUAUUGAAUCAACAAAACCGACUAUAAUUGAAAAGGAAGAAACAGAGCAGUCGCAUAUAUACAGCACAGAAUAUUCGAUUAAAGUGCAAACAGAAAAACAAGAAAGUCAGAAUGAAUUAGACAAAUUAACUACUGAGAGUGUUCAAACUCUUCCACCACAUAUAAACAUUGCUACUGAACUUCCUGUAUCUACUGGAAAGAACGAAGAAUCUUAUGUAACAGAAGACAAUAGAAAAACCACAGACUCACAUGAUAAAUUCAGUGAAACUACACAAUUCUUAGUCGAACUUGAAGAACAUACACAUCCUGUUGCUGAUGAAAUUACUACUAAAUCUUCAUUAGAAGAUAUUGCUACAACAGUGCUUUAUGAAACACACGAACCACAGCAACCAGAACGUGGAGACCAAAUACUAGAAGAUUUGAGUACCCACAAAGAUGAAUAUCCACCUGAGGAUUCUAAAACGACAGCUGCGACAAUUGAAGUUAAAGAACAAUCUGUGACUCAGCUUCAAGAACAAGUUGACGAAACUACUAGUGUUAUUCCACCCAAGUCUGAAACGGAAAUAUCAAAUAUUACAGAAAAAAUACCUAUACAGACAUCUGUUUAUGAGCCAGUAGAAAUAGAAAAAGACAGUACGAAAUACGACGAUAAAGUAAUAAGUUCAACGACUCCACAAAUAGUCAAAGAAACCACACUUCAAGACUAUUCAACAGAAUCAAUUGAAAUACACCAAACACCGUCUUCAACAUUGUCAGACGUUGAAAUAUCAUCAGAAAAAGAUAUUCAUGUUAGUUCUGAGAAACCAGAAACAUUCGAAGAAAUAUUUACACCGGAGCCACCAAAAGAAACCACUAGUAAAAUUAGUGAAGUAACUGCGACGUCACCAGCGAAACCUCAAGAAAAGCCCGUAGAUACGACCUUACGCCCUGUCAUACCGGAUGUACCAAAACCUGAAUUUAUUGAUGAACAUAAUGAAGAACUACCCUCUCCAGAUUUCCCUCCGAGUGGAGGAUAUGGACAAGAACCAGAUUAUAUUGACGAGGAUCAAGCAUUUGGACCAGGAACUUGUCGCUAUGGAGGAAAAGUUUACGUUUCAGCUCAACAAAUCCCAAGAGACGAUCCCUGUGAUUUUUGCUUCUGUUUCAGAAGUGAUAUUAUCUGCUUACAACAAAGUUGCCCUCCACCUAUUCAUGGAUGUCAUGAAGAGCCAAUACAAGGUUUUUGCUGUCCGCGUUACGAAUGUCCCGUGUCAAUGGCAACUACUCUAAAUGUUACUACCACUACAACUACGACAACUACAACUUUACCCCCACAUUUCUUGCCGCAUGCGUACAAAGGUGCAGCUCAACGAAGAGGAUGUCAAAUUAAGGGGCACACGUACAAAGUUGGAGAAGUUGUUAGAGCUUCGUCUGGACCGUGCUUACACUGCACAUGUGGCGGUGAUGGUCAAAUGAAAUGUGAUCCCAAAGCUUGCACGCCGGAACCGAUGUUAAGACAAAUGAUUGCAGCCGCUGUUUCAGCCAAAAGACGAAGGUGAAAUACCUUAGCGGUGUCUGCAGUUGCAUGAAGUACAUAACACAUCACAAGAAAUUAACAUCUUUGUGAUAGCAGUUAUCAUGUAUUAUUUUAUGCACAAGAAUAAUGCUCAAAUUUCGCGAUGAAUUAGAUUAAGAUUUCGUGUCAUAUGUAGUAAUCGAUAUUAUUUUAUUACAAUUUAUCUUUUUGAUUGUCGUGGCACGCACAACCAAUAAUCUACAAUAAGUCUUAUAUGACUGUGAUUAAAAUAUAAUAUAUAAUAAUUUUCCAAAUCUCUUUUUGAAUUUUGAGAUGUAAUAAUGUUUGUUAUUAAUAUUUUAAAAAAAGUCAGUGCCAAACGAUAGCGCUAAGUUGAAACGACUAUGCUCUUAUAAAGAUGUUCUAAAUUUAAAAUAUUUAUAAAUGUGCUGACCUCAGGAAGCUGUGCCAAAUUAUAACAGUACAUGAAGCUUCAAGGGUCAAAUUAGAUCGCCGAAAUCUUGACCAUUUUACAUAUUUAAACAAAAUUUUUACCCAUAUAAGUUUAGUCAAAUCUUUAUUUUACACGAUGUUACACAAAUGAUCUAGUAUCGUGUAAAUAUGAAGUAAUUUAAGGAUUCCAGAUGUUGUAAAUGCCUUACUUAAUUUGUAAUAAUUUAUAUACUUUAGAUGUAUAGUACUUAAGCCAUGUUUCGAGACCAGUGACUACUUUUUUUAUUAUUUAGGAGUAAAAAGGCCGUUUUGAUGACGUAGAAAAGUUUCAGUCGAUGUAUCGAUUUUCAAUGAAGCCUUGGCCGUCACUUUUCCCAUAUUCGCACCUUAGAGAAAAUGACAUAUCUCUUGUUUUCUCUAAUCUGUGAGUUUUAUACUAGCACUUCUCUAAUAAUAGUAGCCAGAUAAAACGUUUUAGAAAAAACUUUACACUGUAACUAAACGAUAAAGCAUAUUGUAGAAUCUUUUAUAACUUUUGAUAUAUAAAGUGCUGGUAGUAUAUUAUUAAUUAAUUCGCAGAUCGAGGUGUGUACGAAAGUUUAUAGACUAUUGUAAAUGUUAUUACUACAAGCGUAAUAAUCACUUGCAUUAAUUCGUACCGACCUUUUUCUGUACAAUGAGGUUGUAGUUAUAUCUCCUUAUUUAUUUAAAGUUAUAGCAAUAGUGAUACAUAUUUGUUUAAACUGGUGAUAAUUGUACUGUUUUUAAAACUAUUGAAAGUUAAUUGCAGUUCAAUACGAAAUGUCAAUUACUCGCAUAUAUUAUUUUGUUCGAUUUCAUUGUCUUUUACCGAACAUUCAUACAUAGCUAGGAACUAGCUGUCUGUACAACUUACGCAAACGAGUUUUAAAUAAAAUAUUUCAAAUCAAA